GGACUCUUCCAAACACCAUGCCGAAGAUUACCGUCCAACCCCCGAUCGAUCAGCUCGAGUCAAUCAUCGCCAGUACGUCUCCGCGACCAAAUAUCAUCCCGGUCUAUGCGACGAUCCCUGGUGAUUUCCUCACUCCGUCUGCGGCAUACUUGAAGCUCUCGGAGAAGAGCAAGUACUCGUUUUUGCUGGAGAGUGUUGCAGGUGGUGAGCAGUUGGGGAGAUACAGUUUCAUUGGCGCGGAUCCGUACAGGGUUAUCAAGACUGGCGCUGGACAUGGGCCAGAUGUGGAUCCCUUGAUUGAGUUGGAGAAGGUCUUGGAUGGGUACAAUACCGCGACGGUACCAGGCGUACCUCCAUUCCCAGGCGGUGCCAUCGGCUACAUCUCUUACGACUGUGUGAAAUACUUCGAACCAAGAACGAAGCGCGAGCUACGGGAUCCCCUGGGUAUACCCGAAUCCCUCCUUUUCUUCCACGACUCCGUCGUCGCUUUCGACAACAUCUUCCAGUCCAUCAAGGUUGUCUCCCACGUCCACCUCGAAGACUCGAAACCUCUCUCAGAAGCCUACGCCGACGCGGCGGCAAAGAUUCAGAAGAUUGUCGAUACGCUGUCGCAGCCUCAUACCCCCGUACCACACCAACCACCAGUGAAGCCCGACAAUGAAUAUCAAUCCAACAUUGGACGGGAAGGAUAUGAGGGUUUCGUGCACAGACUGAAGGGACAUAUUAAGAAGGGAGAUAUCAUCCAGGCCGUCCCAUCACAACGCAUGACCAGAAAGACCUCGCUCCACCCUUUCAAUGUAUACCGCCACCUCCGCACCGUCAACCCCUCCCCUUACAUGUUCUACAUCGACUGCGCCGACUUCCAAAUCGUCGGUGCCUCACCCGAACUCCUCGUCAAAUCCGAAGCUGGACGUAUCAUCACCCACCCCAUCGCUGGAACCGUCAAGCGCGGCAAGGACUCCGACGAGGACGACAGACUGGCAUCCGAACUCCUCGCGUCGACAAAAGACCGCGCAGAGCACGUCAUGUUGGUCGAUUUGGCACGUAACGACAUCAACCGCGUUUGUGAACUCAAGACCUCCCGCGUUGACCGCCUCAUGACCGUCGAGCGCUUCUCUCACGUCAUGCACCUCGUUUCCCAAGUCUCGGGUGUACUACGUAAGGGCAUGACCCGCUUCGACGCUUUCCGCUCUAUCUUCCCCGCCGGAACCGUCUCUGGUGCCCCUAAAGUCCGCGCAAUGGAACUCAUUGGUGAGCUCGAGGGUGAACGCCGCGGUGUCUACGCCGGUGCCGUUGGUCGCUGGGGAUACGACCAAGACUCUAUGGACACCUGUAUCGCUAUCCGAACGAUGAUGUUCAAGGACGGUGCAGCCUACCUCCAGGCCGGUGGUGGAAUCGUCCACGAUUCCGACGCGUACGAUGAGUGGAUGGAGACGAUCAACAAGUUGAAGGCGAAUAUGACGUGUAUUGUUGAUGCGGAGAAAUUGUAUAUCGGGAGGGAGGAGGAGGCGAGUGGGUUGAGUAAGGAGGAGGAGACGGGUGAAGCUCCGGCGAAUGGCAAUGGGAAGAAGCAUAAGGAUGUUGGGUUCGCUGCUUAAGAUAGCGAUAGAUUAUAUAAGACAAUCGUCAAGAUAUGAUAACAGUACUGAUUUGCCACGGAAA